CCUAGUGUGGGCAGCGCCAGUACAAAUGCCAAUCAUAUAUUCAAUGCAAUUCAUUCAUCAAUGCGGCAGUGGGGUUCAUCCAUCCAUCACAAUGGGAUGUCUUUCUUCCCCGCCAUUGUCCCCGAAGGCACUCUCUUGUACCAUGGGGACUGUACCCCCGAGAGGCCCAUAGGUCCAGAAUGGCUAGCCUUCGAGAUUCAACAUGCGGAGAUUUUUGCUUGGAUGGGAUCGGCUUCCUGUAGCAACAACCGUUCUGCGCUCCAAGUGGAGUGGACGCUUGAGCAACUCAGCGCAGGAGAAAGGGGUGAUCGGCCACCAGAGCCUGGCUGGCUUCAUAUAUACAAAGCCAACCGCCCGCUGAAGCUCUUGUACAUCGAUGGCAUGGCAGCGGCGAAGUGCAAUCUAGGCCCAAUGGAUUCGCAGGACUUCCUGCUCCUAGGUAAUUUCACCCACGGCAAUUUCACCGGCAACCUUACCGAUGGCAAUCUCAAGGACGGCAAUUUCCUCGAGCGGGAGCGGUCCAAGGCACUUUGCAGUCUGGCGACGGAAUGGGGCAUUGAAGGAUUUAUUAGGAUGGAGGCCGGGUUCGAGAUCAUCAAGUGUGACUUCUCGGAAAGCCUGGACCUCCUAUCGCACAGAAAGAGACCCUCGCCAGGCUCUCCCACCACAUUGGGCGACGUGUCCAUGUUCGAGUAUAUCCGCGAGAUCUCGAACCGGUAUCAAGGCAUUGAUGGCUCGCGAGUCCUAUUGGAUUACUCUUCCAUGAUCUCCGCAUUCUUCUACCCAACGAACUUCUCAAACCCAGACGGCGAGUCGCCCCUCCCCCGCCUCCUAUUCUCGACCCCAGAACAACUCGCACGCAUCAAAUCCGACCUGGGAGAGGUCCUGCUAAGCCCGCCUCCCCACCCCAUCAUCGACUGGCAGGGCAUCACAGACAUGAUCGUGAAGCGCUAUUCAGAACGUCUUCAAUUCAUGGCCGCGGAUCCCUCCCCCGCCUCCCUCCUCCGCGCAAUCAACAAUCUUCUUAACCUCUUCGUCGACUAUGAGGACCCGUCCCCAGACGCCAUCCAGAUCUGUUCCACACACUACCUACAUCCUGCCCAGCCCUCUACCUCCCAGGACCACUUGAUCGCCGCCGCCCUAGAGACCGUCACCCAGCGGAUCUGCACGACCUUAUUCGCUGUGCGUGAUAUCCUAAUCAAGGAGGAGGAUCUGGAACCAUGGCAGGAAGAAGAUCACUCCCCAUCUUCUCCCUCAGCAACGGCCACCGGACUGAUCCGCGACUUGAUCACUUGGCUCGAUUGGGCGGGCUGGAAAGAGUGCGGGCCGUGCGGCUAUGACAGAGUAUGUUUCGUGGCCGUGUUCCCCUUCGGCGCCACGGAAGACCAUUUCAGUCCGCGGUGUAUGAACAAGACAGAGGUCGAGGAGCGGAACUCGGAGUACUGG